CUGGAAUGUUUGCGUUCGCUCAUUCAGCAGCCAAUCAGAUGAGGCCAGUCAAAACUCGCGCGCCCGCGCCGCUCUGCCUGACUGUAAACAAUGAACAACACACGAGCAAAUUCUCGAACAGCCAUGUCUGCGUCUAAAUUCACCUUGCUGUGUAAUUCGCAUAAAUGCCGUGCAAAGCUGAGUGGGUUUGCGUGGGUCACGGCCUGCUCUCACGUCUUCUGCGAUCAACACGGUUCAGAGGAGUUCAGCCGCUCUCCUGCCAUCUGCCCCGCCUGCUCCUCCAUGCUCUCGGGCAAACUGGACGUCUUCAGAACCGAGCUGGCACCAUCAGAGCAAUACAAGGCUAUGGUUUUGGUUGGACUACAGCCUGAAACGGUUUUGGAAAUCAGUCAUAAAGCGCUAGACUUUUGGACCUACCAGGUAAAUCAGGAGAGGAUGCUGAUGGAGUACAAUCUGUCUAGGGCUGGAGGACACGUGAUUCAGAUGGAGAAGUGUAUGAUCCAGCAGAGCCAGAGCAAAGAGCUGGAAUUAAAUGCAUUAAGAGGAGAGAUUGCAUCACUGAAAAAGGUGCUGGAGGAAUAUAAGCGGAAGCACAAUGAGGUUUUGGAGCGACUGAAUGAACGAAAUAGGCAAUAUCAGAAGCUGCAGGGACUUCUCGACUCACUACGGAUGCACACGCUGGGAACGGGAGAGAAAGAUCCCAUUUCCCAUCCUUUCACUACAGGCUUGGUCAAACAGCGCUCACCGCAUAGCAGUCCUUCAUUCCUGGAACCAGAAGGUGACCGGUUCUUCUCACUGGGAUCAGAAAACACUAAAACUUUCUUCCAGUUCAGCACACCCACCCGAGACAGAGCCCAAUCUUUUAUCAAGAAAAACUAAGUUUAACAUGAGUUUCACUACGAUGCUUGUUUCUUUCACUUCUGAAUUCAGAUUUCAGUUCUAACUGCCAAAUAUAGUCGUUCCCGUUUAGUUCUCUAUGUUCUUUCAAUAUUUAU